AUGGAGAUUGAUCUCUCAAGAGUCACUCUCCGGCCGUUCGAGCUAAUGGACGCUCACGAUUUCUUGAUAUGGGCCGGCGAUGAUCGAGUGACUGGAAAUCUCCGUUGGCCGGUUUUAACAUCAGAAGAAGAAGCUUUGGCCUUCAUUCGAGACGUAUGUUUGCCUCAUCCAUGGCGACGUUCCAUCUGCAUCGAUGACCGUUCCAUCGGAUUCAUAUCGAUCUUCCCCGAGACCGGCGAUGAUCGAUUCAAAGCGCAUAUUGGGUAUGGAUUAUCUCACGAGUAUUGGGGAAAGGGAAUAACAACAAGAGCAGUGUCAAUUGCAGUAUCACAAGUGUUCAAUGACUUGCCUCAUGUUUUGAGGCUUCAAGCUUUUGUUCGAACUCAAAACAAAGCAUCCCAAAGACUUGUUGAGAAGAUUGGGUUUCAAAGAGAAGGUUUGCUCAGGAAGUACACUUAUCUCAAAGGUACAAUCUAUGAUGUGUUUGUUUAUAGUCUCUUGUCCUCUGAUCUUCUUCCUCUUCCACAAUCAUACUCAAGCCAAAUCGUCUUGUAA